GACAGCAGGUACUACUGCAAAUUAUGUGCGCGGUGUCCGCUCGACGGGAUUAUUUAACGUUGAAAAUGGACUGUGCUGUAAGUCCAGCACAUAAUAUUGUUUUGCAUAAAAUUCUUUAACUAAAAAAAUAGUUAAAAACUAUAGUGUAACCAAGGUGUAGCGUGUACGAGUAGUAAAUCCGAAUAAGUGUCGAAUUCUAGGUUUGAUUAAUUAAAAAAAUAAUCGAUGUGGCUCAAUUGACUAUCUCUACGGUUUGUUGUUGGUAUAGGAAUUAUAGUUGUAGGUGCUGCCACAAAUUUGGUGCUGAUGUGUUGGCCAUUUCCGUGAAUUUUCGUCAUACAUACGCGAAAAUAAAUCAGUGUACCCAGAAAAAAUAACGAAAUUUAGUCUUUCGACGUGCGUUAUUGGCAUUAGAAAAUAGUGCGAAAAAUGGGCAAUCAACCAGGAAAAUUGCAAAAUCAAAAUCAAAGCGGAAGGCCAAAAAAAGUUGUAACUUGGAAAUCGGCAGAGCGACCGUCAACACCUGGACGACCUGUGUUAAUACCACUAUCUGAACAACAACCCGAUGUCGUGAACUUGCGUUGGGAGCGGCCCAAGCUUGAUGGUGGUUCUCCUAUUACCGGCUACGUUGUUGAACACCGUCGUAUGGGUUCACCUCACUGGGUACGUGCUACACCUACACCAGUAACACAGUGCGAGGUGUCAAUAAGCGGGUUAGAGCCUGGUUGGCGUUACCAAUUUCGUGUAUUUGCGGAGAACGUUGUUGGUCGCUCAGAUCCUAGUGAAUUGUCUGAAGCACUUACCGUCACACUUCAGCGCACCGCCAUCUGUGUACCGAGUUUUAUUGAGGAACUACAGGAUCGACAGGCCGUCGAAGAUGAACGCAUUGAAUUCCGUGUGCGUGUAGUGGGUCAACCACCGCCUGAAAUUAAUUGGUUCAAAGACGGCUAUGAAGUAUUCAGUAGUCGACGAACGAAAAUUUUAAACGACAACGACGUCAGUGUCUUAAUUAUUCACCAAGUAGCGCUAACCGACGAAGGUGAAAUCAAGUGCACGGCGACAAAUCGAGCUGGCCAUGUGGCCACCAAAUCCCAAUUAAUGGUACAAGCACCGCCAAAAAUUCGUCUUCCACGUACUUACGAGGAUGGAUUGAUCGUCGAGGCAGGGGAAGUGUUGCGUUUGAAGGUUGGUGUCGCUGGGCAACCAUCACCAGCUGUUACGUGGCUGCAUGAGGGCGAGAUAGUGCCUAAUAGUGAACGCUUCGAAAUUUCGAACACCGACCGCAAUUCAUUACUCAAAAUCGACAGUAUACAGCGCAAUGACCGUGGCGAGUACACUGUGCGCGCGUGGAAUCAACUGGGUGAAGAUGUAACCUCUUUUUUGGUUACGGUCACCGCACGUCCGAAUCCACCGGGAAAAGUGCGACUCAACAUGUCGUUUGGUAAGUCGGCGACAUUGUCGUGGACAUCGCCACUUGAUGAUGGUGGUUGUAAAAUCGGCUAUUAUAUUGUGGAAUAUUUUCGAGUGGGUUGGAAUGUUUGGCUCAAAGCGGCCACCACCAGGUCCCUCAGCACAACUUUACACGACUUAAUCGAAGGCUCCGAAUAUAAAUUUCGUGUAAAAGCUGAAAAUCCAUAUGGUGUAAGCGAGCCCAGUGAAGAGUCUGAGGUUCUUUUCAUACCCGAUCCAAAACGUGGUAUUACAAAACCUAAAUCAGAGUCCAAACUAACAGAAGAAAAAACCAAAUCUGCACCACCUCGCCGUAAAGCGCUAUCCCCGAACAGAUCGCAAGCAGAUGCAGCGACGGAAAUAUCACCUGGAGCGCUGCGUAAACCAAAACCGCAGCUAGUCGACACUGAAGAUCUACAUCGGGAAAUGAAUUACGGCACCUCCGAUAAAUUGCUAAAGCUGGACAUACGUCGUAGCCCGUCGAAUGCCAACGCAACAAAACCAUCUUCGCCAGUCUCGCCGAAUACUAAAUUAAUGACAUUAAAUACAAAACUAUCAGCCACACCGUCGCCCACAUCGCCAACUCCAAAGUCGCCACAGCGUUCACCAUUGACGGAUAGGAAGGUCAUGCCACAUUUUCUACAACAAUUACUACCAUCCAAGGAUAAAUCACCAUCACCAUCAAAGCAAAAGGUCGCACCACCCUUGGCAACAGCGGAACCAGAACUGACGCCCGAAAAACCUUCUACGCCAGAAAUAUCGCGCUCAUCAUUACGGCGCAAACGUAGUCUUAGUCCGCUGCGCAAAAGUCCGACACUGCCGGAAGAAAUCAAUAGAACCCCCGCUCUACAACGUAGUGCCGAGCCAGCACACUUGGGCGUUAAUCAACUGGUACGCCGUCAUUCAGGUCACAGUCUUAGUCCCGCAAAAAAUGCACCUACAUUAGCAGUAGCUAUAGCUACUGGAGCAAUGGGCAUGCGGGAAGAAAAGUCACCACAACUAAGUAGGAAAGAUCGUAAGGAAAUCAUUCACCGAGAUGAACGAGCUGGACGCGAUGAGCAAGCUAUAUCUGCUCGAGCACUAGGCAUACAGGAAGAAAAAUCACCCCAACUAAAUAAGAAAGAUCGUAAGGAAAUCAUACAACGAGAUGAAGGAGCCGGAAGAAUUGAAAGAACAGAUAGAACUAAACAUAAGAACGGUCAAGAUGAAUUUUUACGGGCUGAAAGGGCGGAAAGAAGUGAACGAAGCGAACAGAGAAAGAGGCAACCCGAACAGGCCGAGCGUAUUGAGCCAUCGAGACGUCCUGAUCAUGCAGAUCGACUCACGCAAGCGGAAAGAGAUAAGCAAGCCGAGUGGAUUGAAUGGGUAAAAAAAGCGAACGGAAACAAUGCUGCCCUUCAAAACAAAAAUCACUACAACCAUAAUAAGCAAACUGUAUCAACACUCACGAAUCCAACUAUAGAAAUAAGUGCACCACCACCUUCAAAGACUCUCAUCUCACCCUCACCACCAACCAGCCCCCUGUCACUUGCUGAGAAACAGGAUGAUGUACACACAAGCAAUGAGUUCAUGCUGGUCGUCUUCGACAAGAAUAGCAAAGUUAAGGAUAAAAAUAAGCAAGACUCCUUUGAAUUGGAUCUAGAAGAUGCACUGCAACCACCACCGAUUUCUAUCUCUUCACCCGAUCUGGCUUCACUCGAAUUUACUAAUCUGCAUACGUUUCCCCUGCGCCGUUCAGUUAGCUCCACGGAACUUUUAUAUGAACGAGCAAUGGCACGCUUCUACGAGGCUGUCGAACUGGAAGAAGCGGAGAAAGCGCGAAAACUUAAAAGUAUACAGGAAAAAGAUAAAGAAAGACAAAGGCAAAACGAUAAAGGAACUGAAAAAGAAUUAGAAAUACCAAUUGCUGGCGGAAGCUUACAACCACCCUUUGUGCGGAAACGUCUUGGUUCGAUGACGGAAGCGGAGCGUCUAUCUUUCGAACGACGAAGUGAGCUUAGACGUCAGUCAGAAAGUUUUGUACAAGAUUUAAGAUCGGCCGCAGCACGAUGGGGUUCACGUGAAAAUAUAUUCUACUCGAAACCACUUUCACGUACUACUGGCUUAUUACUUGGCAAGGACGAAAAUCGUGAGGAAAGGGAUGACGUAGAAGAUCUUGAUGUUGAUGAUGCUGAUGAUUACGAUGACAUGUUAGAGGGCGAAAGUGCCAGCGGGUUCCAAUCAAAAGUAGAACCUACGAAGCAAGCGAGCUUUGAACUUGAAUCUGACUAUACCGAAAGCACAGCCAGUUCAGAUGAUGAUUCAAUUGAAAAAUUUAAAAUGGAGCUUAGAGCUCGCACAAAAACACCAAGUCCUCCAAGAGCUAGCCCACCAAAAGACCAUAUGGAAACCUACCAUCCACGUAACAUGUCUGCUGGUGUUUUUACGCCAUAUCGCGCGCCCAUGCCUGAAAAUGCAGCGAUCGUACUCACACGACCAGCGCCGCUCACCGAUCCAGAUUUUGUGCCGAAACCUAUUUUGAAACGGCCAUCCAAUGAGAACGUUCAGCCACUCACCGAACAAAUUAUUAGUAGCAAAAGCAACAGCAAUAAUAAUGUAAACAAACAAAGUUUGGAAAAUAUAGAAAGCAUAAGCGACAACAACAAAAACCAAGCGGCCAAUAACACUGCCACCAGCCACGAGAAAUCUGGUUUCGCAGAGAGCAUCAUGUCUUUCUUCAAGCGCGACUCUCGUGGGAACACUGAAAAAAAUAUUGAAGAAAAUGCUAAUCUCAUCGGUUUUACAGGUAAGCCCAUUCCUUUAAGUCCAACUGUUGUCGCAGCAGAAUUGGAAGCUAAGCGCAAAGCUAAAGAAGAAGACGACGCAAAGCGUAAAGAAGCGGAGCGCACAAUGCGCGAGGAAGCUUAUGCAGUUGUAGAUCAUUAUAGCGACCUUGUGAGUCAGAUUAGUAGCACACGCAAAUACCAUACGCCGAUCUAUCUAGACAAGGAAGAACUGAAAAAGGCGGGUGGCAACACAGAUAACGGCGAAGAAAUGCGUAUGCGUCGUUCACAGAGUCCGGAAGGUGGCCUCAUGCCACCCAUUAGCAAUAAGCCGCGACUAUCGAUAUCGGAGCGUGGCCAAUUGGUGCACGUGCGCGAAACCGGUAGCGGAAUGGCUUUUACCGAACCACCGAAGGCUCCAGAGCCAGAUACACCGACGCCCAGUGAGAGCAGUUCCCAAGCUUUUAGCAUGUCAUCGGCAAGGAAGGAAAUCGCUUUACCUUCCAUAACUAGCACUAAAACCAACCUAACGGCUACACCAAUUACCAAAACAAUUUCAUCAGACCUACUGGCGAGCGAUGAUAACACAACCGCCGAGGUAAUUAGUGAAACAUUAUAUGAGCGUCCAGAUUCACGCGGACGCACGCGUAUCGUCAAGGUAAAGCGAAUCAUUAAGAAGCGAGUGCCAUCGCGCUCCAGAGAUGCUUCCCUAAACCGUCCACCAUCAAGCACCGCAUCCCAACAAGAUAUUGACAUCGAUAUGCCCACUGAAGCUCAAUCGCCGGUAAGAAGGCGAGUGCUUUCACGAACACGCACCUCAACAGGUCAAUCCAAAUCACCUGGACCAUUUGGCAGACGACCUCUGCCUCCGUUAACAACGGCCACUGGUGUACUACCUCCACCUCCAGAAAUAUUACUCUCUAUGGCCGCCAACUACGAGAAGGUAGAGUCGAAAAGCGCCGAGCAGCUGGAGGAAGAAACGCAUGAAAAAGUGCGUUCAGCGCUAAGUUACUCUACGGAUUUGGUUCUAUUUAUGGUCGCUUGCUAUGUGUAUCUCUUCAAAGAUGCAUGGUUGGUGUUACCCAUUUUAUCUUUGAUGAUUUACAGACAGCUAGGAGAUUUCAUUAAUGACUGUAUACCAAAAUGGAUGAAACGGAAAAAGAACUGAUAACGAACGUUUUUAGAGAAAAAUUGGCUGCUGAACAAAGACACAAAAUUACUGGAUAUACUACAACAGAAACAACAAAAAGCAUAACAAAAUACCUAAUGUAUACAUUGCAAUUAAUAGUAAAUAUAUUGGCUCGUCGACUGACAGAAAAGAAGAUCAGCCGAAACUGUUCCUUGCCCGGUCCUUAGCAAUUUUUUGUGGGCGUUAAGGUAGGUGUGGUGUGAAGAGCUGGCGUUUAAUGAGAAAGAAAAUGAGCGCAUUAUCUGUAUGUUUCCUUUUUUUGAAUCAUAAAAGGGUUAUCUUCUCCAAAAUGGCAAUCCUCCGCUGGAUGUAAAUUCUUGCCAAGCCUUUAGGGUAGCUCUUCAUGCACUUUACUGUAUGCUAUACUUUGGUCAACUUUGAAAUGUAAUAUCUCUUUUUUACCACCAGUUUGUACGUCACAACACGUCUGCCGAAACCUAAGGAAUAUUGCCAAGGACCGGGCAGAGUCUUAUAGAUCUACUUUGUACGCGCUUACAAUCUUAAAGUGCCACUAAAAAUCACACUAAAUAAUUAUAUAAGAACUUGCAUGUAUAUUUUUUUUAAAGUUAUCACUUAAUAUUUAAGUUUAUAUACCACAUACUAUAAAAUUAAAAAAAAAAAUCAAUUCGAUAUCGGAGUUAUGGAGUAGAAAACAAUAAAAAAGGGAAAAAUUAUAUAUAAAAAAAUUUUUUUUGAACUACUCACUCGUACAUAAAAUUAUAUUCGCCUAAAAAUGUAAUCACUUCUCUAGUGAAAACUUGUUACUUUACUUAUCGACGAUUUGCUAAGGUUUCUUUGUUAC